AUGAUUAUUUUCAGGUAUUACUAUAAUGCACAAUUGGAUCGAUGUCUAUUGUUUGAUUAUUCAGGGUGUGCAGGAAAUAAGAAUAAUUUUAAAUCGUUAAUAGAUUGUGAACGAUAUUGCAAAGGAGCAAAUUAUUUCGAUUUAAAGAAUAUUAAACCACCAACCUUUUGUUCGUUACAACCCGACUCAGGACUUUGUUUGGCUCUUAUCACGAAGUAUUACUACGAUGUAAAUGAAGGUCGUUGCAAAAGCUUCAAGUAUGGAGGCUGCGGUGGUAAUCAGAAUAGAUUUGAUACGAUGGCGGCCUGUCGUAGGCAUUGUUUUGUAUCUACUUCUUAAAUAUAUAAUAAAUUAU